UGUGUUACACAGCUGCGUUUCAAACAACCGGCCGCUAGGCUUGGGGAGGGGAAAAGGUGGGGGGGGGGCUAAGAGAAGCAGAGAGAAAAGGAGCUUCGCCCGCCGUUAAGUUGCCCUCCUGUGUUUGCAAUGGAUCUGUGACCAUCGGGGAGGGAGAGGCGACCCAGCAAAGCAGCCACACCAACAUAUAUUAAAAGGUGCGCCUUCUCCAGCGACCAACCUGCCCCCCUCUCCAAGGUCUUGGAUACGGAGGAGGAACAACUGCGAGGGAACUAACUGCUGCCGUCUCUGAAGAAUGGGCCUUCACGCUCCAGCUUGAGUGGAAAGCAGUCAACAAGCAGGAAGCGGGCAUCGUUCCAAGUAGAUUCCUAAGGGGUGCCAGCCAGCCAGUGCUAAUUGAAGGUUGCUAUGGUUCCCCCACUCUCGGUCUGAACAGGCAAUGAAAGAAUCUCCUCCUCUUGGUAACAAGUAGCUUUCUUGGAAUCGCUGGAGAAUGAGAUGGCGGUGCGGCCCCUGUGAAUUGUCCCGUCAAACAUGCUUCUGAGGCUUCGGACGCCGUACUGAAGGGCCUUCUCUUGGACUUCCUCCUGUGGUAGAUUCACCCUGGUCCGAAAUUCUCCAGGCAUAUUCAGCAGCGUUGCGUUUUGGCAUCGCCAAUGUCCCGCCAUUUUGUUGUGGAUUACUGGCUAGUGGCGCUGGAAGAUGUUGACGUAGCUUCUUGACGACAAAUCUGGAAGGCCGACUUGCGUGCCUCCUCACCUUUUCUUCCUCCUGGCCUGGGGAUUUAUACGUUUAUUCUCUUUCCUUCCUUUCUACCUCAAAAACUGGUUUGAAGAAAAAAAAAAGUCUAAACAUUUUCCAAAAGCAGUUAUCAAAAAUGACAAGUCUGUUCCGGCGGAGCAGCAGCAAUGGCAGCUCGAGGAGUGGCUCCUCUGCCCAGGAACUCAACAACAGCCGCCCCGCGAGGCAAGUCCGGCGGCUGGAAUUCAACCAGGCCAUGGAAGAUUUCAAAACUAUGUUCCCCAACAUGGAUUAUGACAUCAUUGAAUGUGUCUUGAGGGCGAACAAUGGCGCAGUGGACGCCACCAUUGACCAGCUGUUGCAGAUGAACUUAGACGGCAGCGGGUAUGACGACAGCUCGGAUUCAGAUGACAGUAUUCCUCCUGAGAUCUUGGAACGGACUCUAGAACCUGACAGUUCAGAUGAAGAGCCGCCUCCGGUUUACUCUCCCCCCUCCUACGACAUGCACGUGUUUGACAGGCAGUACCCACAGGCUCCCCCAACACCACCUCCCAGGAACGAUCUCCAGAAUUCCAGCGGCCCCCAAGUGCAAAGGCGGUACCGGAACUGGAAUCCUCCGUUGCUAGGCAACCUGCCUGAUGACUUCCUUCGCAUCUUACCCCAACAAAUGGAAAAGGUGCAGAGUCCGCAAAGCUGCCACCAAAAAACAGCAAGCCCCGGAAGCCAGAGGGCCCACGGCUCAUUGGACCAGGAGAGGAAGUGGAAGCAGUAUCUAGAAGACGAGCGGAUCGCACUCGUCCUGCAGAAUGAAGAGUUUAUGAAGGAGCUGCAGAGGAACCGGGAUUUCCUCCUGGCCCUUGAGAGAGAUCGAUUGAAGUAUGAGUCGAAGAAAUCCAAGACGAGCAGCGUUGCCCUCAGUAAUGAUGUUGCUUUCACCUCUGUAAUAUCAGACGAUGUAGCUCGCUCCAGUGGUGCCGUCUCCGAUGAUGCCUUAUUCAGGGACAAGUUAAAACACAUGGGAAAAUCUACACGCAAGAAGCUCUUUGAACUUGCCAGGGCUUUCUCAGAGAAGACCAAAAUGAGGAAAUCGAAAAGAAAACAGUUGUUGAAGCAUCAAGUUGCAGGAUGGGAACAGCAGCUUCAACAGCUAAUCUUCUUGAUGACGUUGAAGGACAUUCAUGCGAUGAAGAUGGCCAAGCAAGAAAACGACAGCUACACACGGAAGAUGAAACAUCAAAAGAAGCACAGUAAGAUCCUGAGCUGGCCAAUAUAUAUAUAUAUUUAAAGAAAAGGUGAAUAAUGGGAGAAUUAGAAGAUGUCAGAGAAGCACGAUGGGGUCAGGUGCUUUUGUCCUCCCCUGGAGCUGUCAGAUGCUUCCCAAAGCCCAAGCUUUUUAUUAUGCCAGGCACAUGGUUGGUCCUUUCUUACCAGCUGAGUUCGAAAACAGUUAUCGGUUGGUUUUUCCUCCUCCUCCAAUCUGAAGAAUUGCCAGCCCAAAAGGAGGAAAGAAACAGCAAUCCGAUUUUACAGCUGACCUGAUUUUUUUUUCUACGUCAAAUAUUUGCAAACUGCAGAAUGAAUUUUUGAGAUCUUAAGGAUGGGUCAAGGACCUUUCUUUCUUUGUUAUACUGUAGCGUUCAGACAUCUGGGGGGUGGGGGAGAGGUGCUGUUCAAAUGUGGAUUCUGGCCUGGUGUUUUUAAACCAUAUCUCUUUAACUAACAGAUGACCUUUCUCCAGCCACAGGAUGGCCUCAGAAUUUCAUUGUAUCAUUGAUGAUUAUCAUUACAUAAUUAUUGCUGCUAACAGAAAAAUAAGCCCAAAUCAAGAGAUUGGAUGGUCAGGAUGUUAUAAACUUCUCUCCACGAAAAAAAGAAGAGGAGAGAGUUUCUGCUGAUUCCAACUACAACCAGAAAUGCCUCACAGUGGAUUAAUCACCUGCCCUUGGUCCUUGAUGAUUAUUAUUUUUAAAGUGGGCCUUGGAAUCACCGUCCCUCCAGCUACUUUCAUCCCAUUGCUUCAGCGUGGCCCCCCCUCCUAACUAUGUGUUCCUUGUAUUGCUGAAAAUUAUGAUUGGAAAAUAGGAUUGAUGUAAAGGGUUGUAUUCUGUACGUGUUUCUGUGAAUAAGGCGUUCUUCAUGUGAUGGUGUGAAAGCCAUGUGGUCUUUGUCCCACGGUGCUCAGGUGACGCUCGAAAGCCUGGAGCCAGGCGAUAAAUUAAACUUAGUGGGGCAUUGCCUCGUUUGCCCUAACGGCAAAUGACCCUUUGUCCGGCCCACCAUGCCUGAUGCUUGUGACUGCCAAGGUUUGAUCUGAAACAGACACUCGUCCUGCCAUUCACAAGUGACACUGACCAUAGCGAUCUGGGUUGUUUUGGUUGUUUUUUAAUGCCCACCCAAAGCAGUGCCAACAGCAGAACCUGCGCCUGUUGCUUUAAAUCACAGGCGGAGAAUGCCCAGCCGGGCUGUAACAAGAGGGAGGGGAGGGGAAAGCAACAACCACCCAACCCCGCAAAACCCUGAAUGAAGGUUUGUAUGUUCUCCAGCGCAGAAGUGACGUCAGUGCAACUUAGACAAAAGUUCAGCUUCUUGGACUCUCUCCGCAGGGCUGUUUUGUACAGGAUCCAAGUUUCCAGGGAGAGUUGGGAGAAAGCAGUACUGUAUUGCUUAAAAAGAUCCCCAAACUUGAGGGGCUGCCAGGCAGAAACGGUUCCCUUUUGGGGAGGGGAACUGGGGUAAGCAGAGAGAAAGUGAGUGUGAGAGAGAUCCUCAGGAUAAGACAACCCCCCUCACCCAAAGCCGUCUUUGAGGCUAAGCAUCCACUAGUUGCCAAGGAGAAACCUGGAGAGAGGCCACUGGAAAUAAACAGCCAGAGAAGUAGAAAAGCCUUCAAGCCUCUCCCCCCACCCCCGUGGGUUCCUAGCUGAAUAAGCCACCGGCUGUUCCUCUUUUCACAUCUAUAGCUGGACUUUCUCUCUCUCCCUCUCCCUCUCUGAAUGCUUGGGAAGGACUCAAAUUCUGGAAUCGGAUCCGCUAGUUUGAAGGCUCCAUUGCUUCGUGGCUUAACUUUUUAAACUUUCCGUUUUAUUUUAUUUUAAUGACGCAGACAGAAGCCAGGGGGGGGAAUCUUGCCGCAUGGCAAUGGAAGCUGCUCCUUUAGGGGCGGAUGGAGCAUUGCCCCACCAACCUCAGUCUGUCUUCAGCAAGCCCCCCAACCUGCCUGCUUUCUUAAGAACAACCUGUAUGGGGCGGGGGGUUGGCCUGCCCCCUUACAGAACGCAACAGCAAGGAGGAGAGAACGAGAGCAAAACCAGAAUUGGCUGGCUCUUCCUGUCGUUGGCUCUGGCGCCCCCUGCUGCAGGGCUCCCUGCCUUCCACCCCACCAAGAAGGCAGGUUUGCGGGAAGUGUCAUGGGGAAGAGGACAUGUCCAUAGCUGCCAAGUUUUCCCUUUUCUCGCGAGGAAGCCUAUUCAGCAUAAGAGAAAAUCCCUUAAAAAAAGGGAUAACUUGGCAGCUAUGGACAUGUCAAGGGCACUUGCCCUUCCUCAGGACACGCUGCCUGUUGUGUCUUUAUCCCUCUAGCCUCCGACAGUGGAAAAAGCCAUGCAGACAGCUUUCCCCAAGAGGUGGGGAAAUGGCCCCACCUGUUUUGAGCGAAAUGACUAUAAGGGAUUCGUUGCACGGCAGGAGGGCAGAAAUAUGAGUAAGCGGCACCCACAAGCUGCGAUGCAUUUGCUGAAUUUUCUCCCUGCCAGACUUCCUGUGCCUUUAGCUGGCAGCUAGUUGAGGAAGGGGCAUAGCUCAGUAGCAGAGCAACUCCAGGCAGAAGGACCCGGGUUCAAUCCCUGGCGUUUCCAGGCAGGGCUGGGAAUAUCCCUUGUUUGAAACCUGGGAAUCCUGGAGAGUGACAAUACUAUGGCCCUAAGGUUGCAGGAGGAAAGGAGGAAUGGACCAGGGUCCCGUUUUAUUACUACGGUACUCCAAAAUGGGCUGUUGCAAAGUUUCACAGCCAAAGUGCCCAACAAAUGUCCUUGACGCUGGGUUGGCAGUUUUAAAUCUUUGCAGGGUGGGUAGGAAGGGAUACUUCUCAGGCAGGAGGGUGGUUUUUGCAUCGGGGCUUCUGGCUGCUGGUCCUUACUGACUUCUGCCAGCUCUUGCUCCUUAGCAAGCUUUGCUUCUCCAUCCUGCCCUCAUUGGCUUGACCAGGACUCCUUUUUAGGAGCCACGGCUCAAUCGGUUCCUUCUGCCAUUGCAAAUUCUUUGCUUCCCCGUUGUCCUGCUUUAUUUUAUUUUUUUACAUUUAAAACCUCAGGUCAAUGUGGUCGCUCCUCUCUGCCUGGCCCUUGAGGCUUUUCUCCAGGCAACACCCCCUCGCCAGCCUUCCUUCACACCCUGCUUGGGUGUGUUUGCUUGGCUGGAACAUGUCUUUGAACUCUUAUUAAUUUCUCUUGCUUGCCUGGAUGGAAGAGGGAGAGGAGGGGUGAGUAGAAAUCAGUCUCCUGUAUGAAGGUAAAAUCUAUAUUCCUUGCUCCACCUACUUUUGCCCCUGGUCCCUGCCCACCACUGGCAUGUGGCCCCUGGAAGGUUGCCAAUGAGGACAUGCGGCUCUUGGGUUGAAAAGGGUUCAUCGCUUCUGUUUUAAAACAAGUGCUGGCUGCCCCUUGCUGUGAUUGAUAAGUUUCAGCAUACAAAUGAGAAUCUGGGUACAUUUGUUCAGCUCCCGUGAAACCCUGCAAUCCUUGUGAGUCUACACAGAUGAAGCCUGGGCUGUUUCAAGCAGGUGCGGGGAACCUGUGCCUUCCAGAUGCUACUGAACUGCAACUCCUAUCACCCCUGGCCAUUGCCCAUGUUUCAGGGGCUGAUGGGAGUUGUGUUUCAGCAACAACUGGAGGGCCAAAGGUUCCCCAUGCCCAGCUUAGAGGCUGGGAAAAGUUCUUUUUUGGAGACCCCUCUCAGCUGUUUAACAGUACUGCAGCCUGAAAGGGCACAUCCACUCCAGAUAACCGGUUUAUUGAGCAUUCAUACUGAUUUGCUUGCAUAAAGCUUAUGCAGAGGUUAGACUACAUCUGGCCUUCACUGAAUACCCAUUGUUUAUGACAAGCAUUUGUCCCGAUUUGCUCGUUCAGCGUGUUUAACAUCUUCCCCGCUAAGCAUCGGUUUGUCCCACCUUUUCCGAUGUGUUUCCCCAUCACAACCUUAACCGCAAAAAAAGUCUGAUCUUUCGCAAAGUGGGUUUGUUGCGCUCGAGCGAACAGAGCGCUCUGAUUCACUUCAGUUGCCCAACUCUACACUUCCGGUACAAGCUUGAAUACAUUCCUGCAGAAUAUUGGCAGUCUGGGUGCAACUGUGACCCUGUGUCCUUCAGCAGUUGAGAAGAGCAGGUGGGCAAUGGGGCCAGGACUGCGGGUGGGAGAAGCGUAGUUGAGUCCUCCUUGGUAAUGGGAUAGGUCUCUUAAAGAGAGGGUGGUUUCUUGGAUUGGCCCGGCAAGAGCGAUGAGGGAUUUGCUCCUUCCAUAUUUUCUGGGAGUUUCAUGGAUGGAAGGGAGCAACUGUUUCCAAAAGAGGCUCCCAUAUAAAUAAAAGCACGCACACACCCCAAUGCCCGGUGGAGCAGGAUUAGAACCCGGGUCUUCAACUUCUUCAGGUAGCUACACUGACAUCCUUUUAAGCCUUGCACACUGAAGAAUGUAGGCUACAUGAGAGAAGUCGGGGAAGGGCUGUAGCUCAGUGCUGGAACACUUGCCUUGCAUGCAGAAGGUCCCAGGUUCAAUCCCCGACAUCUCCAGGUAGGGCUGAGGACUCCCAACGAAAAACCCCAGAGAAGCUGCUGCCAGUUAGUGUAGACAAUACUAAGCCUGGUGGGCUGAGGAUGGAUUCUGUGUAAAGAAGUUCUCAUUACUAGGUUUGGAAAGCAAUUGGGAAAUGGCAAAAACAGAAUGGUUUUGUAUAUGUGCAGGUGGGUUGAAAGUUUUAAGACCUUUCCUUUAGCAACCUCCGGACAUUUGGACCAACUGAGCCCAUGGGGCGUGUAGCCCAGGGGAAUGAGGGCAAGGAUGUCAUUUUUAAAGAAUCUAAUGUAAAUGCAUUUUAGAGGCUGCCAAGUUGGGCUCCUAAACCAAGCUGUGUUUCUCUGACCACCAAAUAAUGUCCUGUCCUUGGUAAUGUUUGUAUUCCUUUCUUUU